GCCUGACCCAGUCGCGAAACAAAAGAAAGCAAGCUGAUUCGUACCCGCACGUGAGGUACGUAUUAACGACAUCAUCCUAUUUGCGUCUUGCCAUAACUACUGCAGAGAGCUCUUGCGCCCUACCUUGAUAACAUACACACACGCCAACCCUACUCUAUUCCACUGCACUACAUCGACCUUCACACCACAUUUCUGCAACAACAAACACUUGGAAAUCAUGUCGUCCAUCAUUCACAGCCUGAGCGACCUGGCCAAGAGCCUCAUCGAAGUCGUCUGGUCUCUCUUCACCACCGCCGGCGAUCUCGCGCAGAAGACGGUCGAGUUCGUGCUGCGCUUCUUCACGGGUGCAAUCAACCUUUUCAUCGAGUUCUUCAAGGGGCUGGUCGACCUCGCGGGUGGCAUCGUGCAGUUCGUGCUUGGCAACAUUGCCAUGCUUGCAAUCCUAGGACUUGCUUUCUUUGGAUUCUUGCAGUACCAGCGCAGCCAGGGCAGGUCGGUCCAGGUUGGAAACAAGAAGUUGAACUAGGACCUGCGCGAUAUGCGUAGCGAUCUCUGAUGGGGCGCAUUCAUUGACCGGUAGGGGGAAUGGCAUGGCGCAAUGGAACAAAUGGUAAUACUGGAGCGAUCAAAUUGUCGCGUUCAUGAUACCCUUGACGACGCAACGACUGGAAUGAUGGACCUGUAAAAUAGCGAACCUAUCUAGUGUAUUCGAAGCACAC